AAGAACGUAAACAUAAUAAUUUUUUGGUAUUUUUUGGUGCAUUUCGCAACAAAUAAAGGUAGUCAAACUGUAAAAAAUGUCAACAAAAAAGAUUGUGUGGAACCAGGAUUCAAAAAACAUGUUAAUUGAAGUUUAUGAGCAGCAUCCCAAUCUAUACGACCCGAAAAAUCCACAAUACCGCAACAAGCACUACCGUGACGAAUCGUUAAAAGCAAUUCUCGAGCAAUUGCGGACAAUUUAUGAUAAUAUUGAUAUUGCUGAUAUUAAAACAAAGAUUGGGACAAUGCGGAGCCAAUACCUUUUGCACUUAAAAAAGCAAGCUAGCUGCAAUUCCAACAGUAAAAUGCGGACCGAUGAAAAGGGGAAACAUUUCUGUCUGGAUAAUUUGGAGUUCCUCAAGCCUUAUAUGAAAAUUAAUGAGAAAAUUACUUCAAAUUUUGAUAUUCAUAACGACUCGGUAACAUCGGAUUCGGCCGAUUUUAUCAAAGAAGAGCCUCUGCUUGAAACUUCCAGCUGCUCUAGCAGGAUUGUUGAAGAGUCUGCUCCAUCUGCCGAGAGUAUAUUAAAGAUCGCGAUUGAUGAAUUGUGCGAAAUCAGGCAGACGAAGAGCAAAUUCCAACCUGAUGUCGAUUCAUUUGGAGAGCUGGUGAAAUGGGAGAUGGAGCGGAUUGGAGACCCAAAGAAACGCAUGGAAAUUCGUUUGAAAAUUCUUCAAACAUUUUACGACAACUAUUAGUCGAUUUUAUUUAUAAUAAUAAACUAAUCUAAAUUAAUCUAUAAUCUAUAAAUAUAUAACAAAUGAAAUGAA